GGUCCUCCUCCUGAGUCUCAGCCUCAAACAUCCUCACAGUCUCCGGCUGGAUCCACUGCGCCUUUCGCUUCUGUCUUUCUUUAAUCUGUCAUCUCGGCAGACGGCAGGUGGACAGACAUGGCCGGAGCACCGAAGCGGCAGGACACCCGCAAAUUCUUCGAGAAUCUGUCCGGAGCUGGGAAAUGCAUCGCGGUGCUGACCAGCGGAGGAGAUGCCCAAGGUAUGAAUGCAGCCGUCCGGGCCGUCGUCCGGAUGGGAAUCUACGUCGGAGCGAAGGUCUACUUCAUCCAUGAGGGCUACCAGGGGAUGGUGGACGGUGGAGACAACAUCAAGGAGGCGACGUGGGAAAGCGUCUCCAGCAUGCUGCAAGUGGGAGGUACAGUCAUCGGCAGCGCUCGCUGUAAAGAGUUUCGGACCCAUGAAGGCCGCCUGAAGGCUGCUCACAACCUGGUGCAGCGCAGCAUCACCAACCUGUGUGUGAUCGGUGGAGACGGCAGCCUGACCGGAGCCAACCUGUUCAGGGAGGAGUGGAGCGGCCUGUUGACGGAGCUGCAGCAGCAAGGUUUGAUCGACGAGGAAGCCGCCCAGAAGAACUCUGCGCUCCACAUCGUCGGGAUGGUCGGCUCCAUCGACAACGACUUCUGCGGCACCGACAUGACCAUCGGCACCGACUCGGCUCUGCAUCGGAUCAUUGAGGUGGUGGACGCCAUCAUGACAACUGCUCAGAGCCACCAGAGGACGUUUGUGCUGGAGGUCAUGGGCAGACACUGCGGAUAUCUGGCCCUGGUGAGUGCCCUGGCAUGUGGAGCCGACUGGGUUUUCAUCCCAGAAAUGCCUCCUGAAGAUGGCUGGGAGGACAGCAUGUGUCAGAAACUGUCUGAGAGUCGGUCUCGGGGUUCCAGGUUGAACAUUAUCAUAGUUGCUGAAGGAGCCAUUGACAGACAAGGACAGCCCAUUACAUCUGAUUUUGUGAAGGAUCUGGUGGUGCGCUGCCUCGGCUUCGACACCAGGGUCACCAUCCUCGGCCACGUGCAGAGAGGCGGGACGCCCUCGGCCUUCGACAGGAUCCUGGCCAGUCGGAUGGGCGUGGAGGCGGUGCUAGCGCUGCUGGAGGCGUCGGCCAACACCCCGGCCUGCGUCGUGUCGCUGGUCGGCAACCAGGCCGUCCGGCUGCCGCUGAUGGAGUGUGUUCAGAUGACCCAAGAAGUCCAGAAGGCCAUGGACGAGAAGAAGUUUGAGGAGGCGGUCAGACUGCGUGGCAGGAGCUUUGAAAACAACCUGAGCACCUACAGACUGCUGUCCUACCGCAAAGCCGACUCUGAGCUUCCAAAUAGCUCCUUUAACGUGGCCGUGCUGAACGUCGGCGCCCCGGCGGCAGGGAUGAACGCUGCCGUUCGCUCUGCCGUCAGAGUGGGAAUCACAGAGGGCCACAAAAUGUUUGCUGUCAACGACGGCUUCGAGGGAUUCUACAAGGGACAGAUUAAGGAGAUCAAAUGGGGAGACGUUGGUGGUUGGACCGGUCAGGGAGGAUCUCUGCUCGGGACAAAAAGAACUCUUCCAGGAAAACAUCUGGAUAAGAUCGCUGAGCAGAUCAGGAUCCAUAACAUCAAUGCUCUGCUCGUGAUCGGAGGAUUUGAGGCCUACGUGGGAUUACUGGAACUUUCGGCAGCACGGGACAAAUAUACUGAGCUGUGUGUGCCCAUGGUUAUGGUCCCCGCCACCGUCUCCAAUAACAUACCCGGCUCAGACCUCAGCAUUGGCUCAGACACGGCUCUGAACGCCAUUACUGAUGCCCUUGAGUCGCUGCUGCAGCUGUACGAGGCCCGAGCCAACUACGAGGAGCUUUGCAUCCCGGUGUGCAUGCUGCCCGCCACCAUUAGUAACAAUGUGCCCGGCACCGACCUCAGUAUCGGAGCCGACACGUCCCUCAACGCCAUCGUGGAGACGUGUGAUCGCAUCAAGCAGUCGGCCAGCGGCACCAAGCGGCGGGUCUUCAUCAUCGAGACCAUGGGGGGCUACUGCGGCUACUUGGCCACGGUGGGCGGUCUGGCUGCCGGCGCCGACACCGUCUACAUCUACGAGGAGGCGUUCGACAUCCGUGACCUCCAGGCCAACGUGGAGCAUCUGACGCAGAAGAUGAAGACCAGCAUCCAGAGGGGUUUGGUGCUCAGAAAUGAGAACUGCAACGAGAACUUCACCACUGACUUCAUCUACCAGCUGUACUCUGAGGAGGGACGAGGAACCUUUGACUGCAGGAAGAACAUCCUCGGUCAUAUGCAGCAGGGAGGAGCUCCGUCUCCAUUUGAUAGAAACUUUGGUACCAAAGUCGCCGCUAAAGCGAUGCAGUGGAUCACACGGACGCUCAAGGACUCUUACAAAGGAGGGAGGGUGUUUGCUAACUCGGAGGACACUGCCUGUCUGUUGGGGAUGCGUCGCAGAGCUCUGGUCUUUCAACCUGUUUCACAGCUCCGGGAUGAGACGGACUUUGUCCACAGGAUCCCGAAGGAGCAGUGGUGGCUGAAGCUCCGUCCCCUGAUGAAAAUCUUGGCCAAGUACAAGACGAGCUACGACGUGUCCGACUCCGGCCAGCUGGAACAUGUGACCCGGUUCCGGGCCAAAGAGAGCAACACCACGGCGACCAUCUGAACCUCUGCUGCAGCCGCCGGCAGAGCUUCACUCCAAACAGGAAAGCAGCUUCACAGAACGGUGACUGCUACUCACAAUGACUGAACGACCGCUGAUUGAUUGACCGCAAACACAAUGAGAUUUAAGAUUUUAAAAGAUAGUAGGUAAUUUUAAAAAGAUUAAAAAAGAAGUUCUAUUGUACGGUUUUAGUCACGGCACUUUCUCAGAAGGGAUUUUAGAUGAUAAAUAUGAUGGUGGUGAUUUGGAAUAUAACUAGUUUAAACAAGCUAGCAGCACUGACAUUGUAUUUUCAAAUCCCCUAAAGUUAUAAUACACCUUAUAUAAAUAUAAAUAUAUAACAGCACUCCUUAUUAUGUACUGUAUAAGUGUUUUAGUCCCAAAAAUGUAGCCAUAUCUAUUUUUCUUUUUAAAGACACCUAGCUGAGCGAACGUCUAGGUGAUUUAUUUAAAAUCUAGCUUUGGUCACUUUUAUUUUCUACCGCACUUUGAGCCCCAUAACUACUGUAAACCUGUGAAGCUGCUUAUAAAGAGGGAAUAUAUACCAGGAAGAUCACUUGCUUUGUUCACACCUUGAAAAACGUCUACCAUCUUGAUUGUACGACGCCGAACACUUGAAAGGAGUUUAGUGAGGCUUUAUAGGACGAUGCCGUUUGUGCGUCCCGUCACCUGCUAACUGUGCGUAAGAGCGCGCGUGUGUGUGUGUGUUGUUGCCUUCGCUGUUUGUGUCCACCCUGGGCUUUUGUGUGUCACAUCUUUAUAGUGGUUGUUUGUGAGUAGGGUCCUGCCAGCUGUUGAAACUACGCAAUAGUGACGUUAUGUGCUGGCAGCGUGAUGUGAGCGUCCUGUCAGAGUAAUAAAGCAUUUACUGUGUGGAAA